AUGACAGAAAUGAAAACGGUUGUUGUCGAUGGAGUGUUGAGGUUCAAGAAUAAUGUCUUCAAAAAGCUCUCAAAGUGUUUCUUAAUGGAAAGAAAUGGUGAUGAAUCAAAGGAUGUGAAAAGAGGACAUUUUGUUGUGAUUGCUGAGGAUGAAGAGGAAAUAAAGAGAUUCUUUGUGCCAUUGAGAUUUUUAACGAAUCCAAUGUUUGUGAGAUUAUUGGAAAAAGCAGCUGAAAAAUAUGGAUUUAAUGGAAAUGGUGCAUUAACUGUUCCUUGUAGACCAAAUGAGUUUCAGAUGUUGAUGGUACAGGAAGGGAGACCUAGUGUAUAUUUCAAUUUAAAGCAAAUUAUGUGUAGAGGUUAUUAG